AUGACGCGCAACUUCGGGGACGAUGAAUUGCAACGCCUUUACAAAAAAGCAGAGUUUAAUAGAGAGCACAAGGAGGUAAAGAAAAUCGAGAAAAGAAUUAGACGUUUAGUUGACGAAAUCUCUGCCUAUAUAGGCCGCGAGGAUCCACUUUUUAAAAACUUUGUAAUCCCCAGCGGAAGUUUUUAUGAAGAUCUUAAAGUCGAAGGACCCGAUGAAUUCGAUUUUAUGAUUUGUUUAGAGCAGCUUUCCUCUCCUGGUGUUUGUGUUACGAAGGAUAUUCCCAUGAGACCGGUCCCCGAUCCCGGCUACGUGGAUGUUCAACUGUCCAACGAAGAUUAUCGUAAUCGGUGGCAAAGGUACAUUUCCAGGCGAGGAAAUCUCAAACCUGAUGUUCUCUUGAGAAGAUUUAAACAACUAGUCUAGAAAGCCAUAGCUAAUCAAGAGCGGUCUUCCAGGGAUGAGUUAGAUGAAUAUGUCAAUAUUCAGCUCAGAAAAAUCCCGAUAACGAUCAAGGUUAGAUGGCAUGGCAAGAAGUACUCGAACUAUGAAGUAGCUGUAGAUUUAACUCUGUGUAUUAAAAUGUCAGGAUGGCCGGACGCUUCAGAUAUAAAGGAACGAGUCAGCAGGGGGCACCCUGGAUAUGAAGCGUUCAGAGAGGCUGUAGCUGAGGGCUAUCAUCUCGUGGCGUCAACUAUUGGAGAAUCCGGCAAGCCUCGGCCAUGUUGGCGUUUAUCAUUUUCAAUUCCCGAAAGAGUUAUACUCAAGCACAUCUGCAAGAAUCCGAAACUCAUUCAUAAGGUGACGCUUAAGGUUCUCAAGGUGCUGCGGAAGGAAAAUGAGGAUUUUUUAUGUCUUUUUGAAAGCCCUGGUGACGAGUUGGCGUCUUUCCACAUAACAUGGGUGUUCCAUUCGUACGUGUUAAAGACAAUGUUGUUAAGGGAAUGGACUGAUUUCCCGGAAGAUUCAUAUUGGACCAAAAAUCAACUAGGAAAACGAGUCAAGAGCAUUUUGGAAAGGAUUCGAAGUAGCGUGGUUCGCAAAGAUAUUCAAAGUUUCUGGGUUCCAGGUUAUAAACUUUUUAAUUUCCGAGCAAGAAAGCCAACCAACACGAAACAUUGCGUGGACAACCUUGGCAUUCUCUUAGAUAAACUA